CAAUCUUCUUUCGUCUUCCAUAUUGGAAAAGUCUACUAGUUCGACAUUGUUUGGAUGUCAUGCAUAUUGAAAAAAAUGUGUGUGAGAGUAUUAUUGGUACCUUACUUGAUAUUCCCGGCAAAACUAAGGACGGUCUAAAUAGUCGUUUAGAUCUCGUUGAAAUGGGUAUACGACAAUCUCUGGCACCUGAGAAGAAAGGUGAACGUUUAUAUUUGCCUCCUGCUUGUUUCACUUUAUCCAAAAAAGAGAAACAAACAGUUUGCAAAUCACUUGCAAAUAUGAAAGUACCCGAUGGUUACUCGUCUAACAUCAAAAACUUGGUGAAUGAGACUGAAUUGAAACUAAUGGGUCUGAAAUCACAUGAUUGUCAUGCGUUAAUGCAACAUCUACUUCCAAUUGCCAUUAGAUCAGUCUUGCCAAAAAAUGUUCGAGAGUGUUUGACACAUGUUUGCAUUUUCUUUAAUAGGCUGUGCGGGAAGGAAUUAGAAUUGGAUAAGUUAGAUGCAUUACAUGAACAUGUAGUCAAAACAUUGUGCAACCUGGAAAAGUUUUUUCCGCCAUCUUUUUUCGACAUCAUGAUCCAUUUAAUGGUUCAUCUAGUGAGAGAAGCAAGGCUGUGUGGGCCGGUGUGGGCGAGAUGGAUGUAUCCAUUUGAAAGAAAUAUGAAGGUACUUAAAAGUUAUGUGCGUAACCACUAUCGGCCAGAAGCAUGUAUGGUUGAGUGCUACAUAUCUGAAGAGGCUGUGGAAUUUUGUUCAGAGUACAUGGCUGGAGUUGAGGCAAUAGGAAUUAGCAAACCAAGAACUGACCCAGAUGAUGUUGAUAGAGGAUUAAGGGGCAAAGGGACAAUGGUGACAGUGUCCAAGCUUGAACUAGAUCAAGCUCAAUUAGUCGUGAUGAACAAUAACGCAGAGGUUCAACCAUAUAUAACGUAAGUACCUUUUGUUUGAUUAACAUUACUUAAGUCACGAUGAACAAUAACUUGAUUUAUCUUACUUGUUUUACAGUGACCAUAUGGAGCUGUUACAAUCAAUGGUUCCAAGAAAUCAAAAAAAUAAACAAAAAUGGGUUGCAUACCAACAUCGUCAAACUUUCAUUGGGUGGUUAAGGAAUACCAUUAUAGCAAAGUUGAACGAACCGAAUCAUGGAGUAUCUGAUGUGUUGAGUCGUAUUGCCCUUGGACCAACUUUUGCGGUUGCAAAGCAUGAAGCGUACAUUGUAAGGGGUAAACGUUUUCAUACAAAGUCAAGAGAUGAUGCUCGAGAGGUUCAAAAUAGUGGUAUACGUAUCGUCGCAGAAACUAUGCACUUUGCAAGUGCAAAAGAUAGAAACCCUGUUUUAGGUACUAUGACGUAUUACGGGGUCAUUGAAGAAAUAUGGGAGCUCAAUUAUUUUGCGUUCCGAAUUCCACUUUUUAAGUGUGGCCCUCGAAGUUAAUGGAUCAGGGCAAAAGAGUGGCCCUCGAAGUUAAUGAUAAAGGUCAAUACUGUGGAAAAAGCUACGCGAAGCUCGUAUCCACUCUGGGAGUCAGAUGUCGGCAGACAAUAGGGUUGGCUUAUAAAAACUGGAAAGAAGUCAACCAGACUCUGAAAAAUAAAGUUUGGAAAGACAUUCAGGUAAGCUAUUAUUUGUUAGAAUUUUGAUUUGUUUUUCUAUUACUCCAAAUGUUGACUCUAACCGUGUUUGUUUUCCUUCAAAAUAAACGGGGUUCAUUGUGCCGGACACCUUCAAACAUGAUUGUCUCAUCCUAGCUGGGAAGUUAAUGAAAGACUUCAAGAAUAGGAUGACAAAAGACAUCAUAAUGCCCGCGUUGAAAGAGAAUGAUCUGGGACGACUGGCACAAGUCCCUGAAAAGCACCCGGAGAUCGACGCUGCUGAUUGGUGCAAAUUUGUUGAAAGUCGACUAACUCCUGAAUUUCUGGAAUUGAGUAAGGUGCAACGUGAACGUUCCUCAAAAAUUCAAUCCAGACAUCGAAGUGGUCGGAGUGGAAUGGUGAACGUACGGGAAGCUGUG